CACUAUGAAUAAUUUCUCUGGAGUGCUCCCUCCGCAGCUUGGGAAUUUGCCCCUAGAAAGAAUGCUUCUUACCUCAAAUAAUUUUACUGGGGAGUUGCCAGAUACAUUUGGAAAUCUUACCACACUAAAAGACUUCCGGGUGGGUGACAGUCACUUUUCUGGGCAGAUACCUGAUUUUAUAAAGAACUGGACAAAUCUUGAGAAACUACUGAUUCAGGCUAGUGGUUUGACGGGGCCAAUUCCUUCCGGCAUUUCUCUUUUGACAAAAUUAACUGACUUGAGAAUUACUGACUUGAGUGGGCCUGAAGCAACCUUUCCUCGACUUGAGAAAAUGACAGGCAUGAAGACACUGAUGUUGAGGAGUUGCAAUAUUGUUGGACAGCUACCUACAUAUCUCGGGGACCUGACGAAGUUGAAAACUUUAGACCUCAGCUUUAACAAGCUAACCGGAAAAAUUCCAAGCAACUUUGAUGCUCUACCAGAAGUGGAGUAUAUAUUCUUAACUGAAAACUUGCUGACUGGACCAGUGCCUACUUUGAAGAAAGCAAGCGUGUAAGCUUCUCUUCCAAUUUCUAAUAUUUAGUUUCAUAGUGCAUGCGUUAUGACAUGACUUACAAUUAUACUCAUUGAUAUGAAAAUUGUUGAUAUAUAGCAUUCUUAGAAUAGUAGCUAUUCUUUUUUAUGUAAGAUUUUGAAGUUUUAAAAGUAUCCUAAAAUGUUUCCUAAGUUUUGGGGUGGACCUUUAUCAUCUUGGUAUACUAUAUGUUAAGAUGCGGGUAGCUUGACCAAAUUCAGUACGAGGAAAUUUUAAGGUGAACUUGGCUUAACGUGGACUGUUGUGAGAGCUUAGGCACCUAUGACUAUGAAUAGUGAAAGUAGCUGAUA